AGAUAGUAAAUCUGUUACUGGACCGUUUCGUGCUUUGUUCACCACCGACAGUUCGCGUUCAUGGCCGCUGUGAUCUGUUUGUUUUUCACUGGGAACAGUCUUUGUUGGCCAGCGAUUUAAAUCCCACGUGUUUCCUUCACGCGGAGCUGCUUCCUUCGACUCUCUGCUCUCUGUGGUGGAAGCUAAAGGCUAAGCAGGGGAAACUCUCAUUGUUUCUCUUUAUUUCAAUAAUGUGUCCGCUGUGUGAGAGCUGCGGGGAGAACAUAAGAAAGAUAAAUCAGCAGGUUUCUGUGAUGCGAAAGGAAAUAAGAAAUGUCAGGCAGGCGUUGGACGGCGCUGUCAGAGCGCAUCGCAAGCAUCUGAUGUCUGUUCAAACUGCUGUGGCAAAGAUCGACUCCUCCGGCCAUGAUAAGACAGACUGCACACCUUCAUCACCCUCAUCAUCAGCACCAGACGCUUUAGAGCAAGGAAUGAUCCGGACUGUGCCGAUCGGUUACAUCACUUCCUGCUUUUCCGCUAAGAACGGGACACCCAGGCAGCCGACGAUCUGUGGCGCGUCACGGGCGCAGCUGCGAAUCCAGCAGAGCGUUUUCAACAACCCUCAGCACGCACUGGCGGGCCUCCAACAGUACUCCCAUGUCUGGAUUAUUUUUCUUUUCCAUAAAAACGGACACCUGAGCUACAAAGCCAAAGUGAAGCCGCCCAGACUGAACGGUCAGAGGGUGGGAGUUUAUUCCACACGGAGUCCACACCGACCAAACUCCCUCGGACUGACGCUGGCGAAGCUGGAAAAGAUUCAAGGUGACACACUGCAUCUCUCUGACAUUGACAUGAUUGCUGGAACUCCUGUCCUGGACGUCAAACCUUACAUCCCAGAAUAUGACUCCCCGAACUCCAGGACGGUGUUUGACUCACAGCAGAGUCAGUCUGACACUGAUCUAACAGCCGCUCCUGAAAACAAGCAGACAAGCGACUUCAACUGUGAUGCUGAGUCUAAGCGGGACGACGAUGAUGAAGAUGAAGAUGUGAUUUUUCAUCCGGGAGGGAAAUCAGACACGGAUGUUUCUUUAACAGCUUCGCUGACUGAGGCGGCUCCAGUUUUCCUGCCCAAAGAAACGCUGAGUUUGCUGAAAGAAGUUGAAUCGUUUGUGAACAAAGAAGACUCCUCGCCGCCUGAAUGUGAGAGUAAACGCAGAGUUUCAGGCCGUGUAAAUAACGAAGCACCAGAACCGAUCACAGACUGGCCCUGCUACGGUGCGGACUCCAGUACCACCAUUGCAGACUGGAUCAGAGAGCCUCCAGUUUCCAGUCUGGAUGUCCGCUUCACCCCUCAUGCUCAGAAGCAGCUGGAGGAGUUCCUCCCUGUAGGAAGGGAGACGGCAGAACCGUCUGACUGCGGCAGACCCAGAUUCAAGUUUCUGCGCAGCCCAGAAGAGGCCGCCGCCGCCAUCAGGGGCGUUCUGUCUGCAGAUCCCAGGUCAGUUUACAGGAGAACCCGAUGCAGAGACAGACUCUUCUUCUUCACUCUGGACACGGCCCACGUCACCUGCUGGUUUGGAGAAGGAUUUUCUGAGGUUCUGCAGGUCCGACCCGUAAGAUCACAGCAAACUAAAGAACUGCUUCAGUGAAACAACAAACUGUUAGGCUUGCUUUGAUGCUUCUGUGCAGACGAACCCUCUAAGAUGACGAUCUGGGAAUCACAUCAUUUCUUCUAAGUUAGUUAAAAAGGACUUUAAAGAUGUUUUUCUUUGUCUUUUUUCAAGAUGUUUUAUCUUCUAUUUUUCUGAUUCUUUUUUCCCCCUAACCUAGUCGCUAUUAGAGCAGUCGUUCAAAAUGCUCAGCAAUCAGUUCUGGCCACAUCCUGGAAGAUUUCUAAUAAAAUCAUAAUUUUUUUUAAAGGAGCACAUUUUUUUUUUCUUCAAAAAUCAGACCUAUAUCUUGAUAAUCUUGAGUUAUGGAGGACGAUAUUAAGCAAUAUUCAUAUUAGUAAAACUACUGGUGAAUAAAUCAUUAUUACAUCCUACAUUUCAAAGUACUUUGAAAUUUCUUGGAGGUACAGGUUUGAAACCGGUGACUGGAAAAUAAAAUAAACUCUGUGACACACUGGGUGGUUUGCUU